GUUAAUUUUCAUCGGGAUCGAAAUUCCAUAUCAGUUGUCAAAUGAAGAAAUCGGAGUUUAAAAAUGAAUCAGCCUCCCUUCACGAUCAGAAUACGGACAGAGCAGGAACAAGACAUGGACUGGAUGGUUCAACCUAACGCGAUCACAUUUCAUCAGGCGUUGGAGGUAAUAGCACAAGUUCUACCUCAGACAAGUGUUACAGCAUUUGAAUAUGAGGAUGAAGACAACGAACGGAUCACCGUACGAAGUGAUGAAGAAAUGGCAGCCAUGUUUCAGGCCUACUUUGAGACCCUCAGUGAGGAUGAUAUACAAUGCGGACUCCUCCCUCCCCUCAUCAUCUAUCCCAGAGUUGGAAAAACUCCUCAAAAUAGAAAUAAAUUUGGAUUAAAGAUUGAUACUCAUCCAAGUUCCAAGUCCUCCAAACCAGUUCAAACUGUCAAGCAUAUUCCAAGACAAAAUCAGAAACCAAAGACAGAACCUACUGAGAACCUAGCACCUACUCAGGUUCCAGUAAAUGACCCUAACAUAGCUGGUGCCCCCACUAUACUGAUUCCCCAGCCUCAGAACCAGACCGAGUUUCACUUACAGAAUGAGCCUGACCUGAAGUUUUUACAGGUGCUUGGAGGAGGAAGUGGAGGGCAGGUGUACAGAGCUUUACAUCAGCCUACAGGGACUGUUAUGGCAGUCAAGAUGGUGAAGUUGGAGGUUGAUCAGAAAACACAAGAACAAAUUUUAUCAGAACUGGACAUUCUCAACAAGUGCCAGUCUUCUGUCAUAAUAGGAUUCUACAAAGCUUUCUUCAAUGAAAACCGCAUCUACAUCUGUACCGAGUUUAUGGACGGAGGUGCGUUAGAUAAAUAUGCUCCAAUUCCUGAGCCAGUGUUAGGACGUAUGGCAGUAAAUAUCAUAAAAGGCCUCUGCUACAUGUGGAGCCUGAAAAUUCUACACAGAGACAUAAAGCCAUCCAACAUUUUAGUCAAUACUCAAGGGCAGGUGAAAUUAUGUGAUUUUGGAGUCAGUACACAGCUUGAGAGGUCCAUUGCCAAAACAUAUAUAGGAUCUAAUGCAUAUAUGGCACCUGAGAGGAUAAAAGGUGAGGAUUAUGGGACACCUGCCGAAAUCUGGAGUCUGGGAAUCACGUUAUUUGAGUUAGCUACAGGAAGAUUCCCAUACAAGCAUAAUCCUGAGAAGCCAAUGGGUCUCCUAUCAUCCAUAAUAAGUGAAGAGACCCCACAAUUAUCAGAUGACCUCUUCUCUCCAGACUUUGUCAAUCUUGUGGCACACUGUAUGCAGCAGAAACCAGAGGACCGACUUACUUUGGAAGACAUAUCUAUUCAUCCAUUUAUACAAAGACACAAUGAUGGAAAUAUAGCAGUGAUUGCGUCCUGGGUUCAAAACAGAUUGGAGGAGUUAUCUCAAAAUAGGAUGACUUCGUAAGGGGGCAUCUCAAAGUGAUUUUUUCCCUCUCAUAUCCCUAACUAGUCAUAAUGGAAGGAAAAUAUUUGAAAUGUUUCUGAAAUUUCAGCCAAAAAAUUGUAAUGCCAUUAUAUUUAUUUCAUCUGAAUUGAUCAAGUAUGCUUAGUAUACGUAUUUUAGU